ACUACAUUAAACGCUGGUAAUUAAACAUGGUGGCAUGGACAGUUUGAAGUUCGCAUCUCAGCUGUUUUUAUAAUCUUUCUUAAUAUUUGAGACGAUGCGAAUCCUGAAACCAAACUGGGUUUCACACGAAGGGAGACCACUAUUUUCUGUUGAUAUUCAUCCAGAUGGAUCUCGAUUUGCUAUUGGUGGCCAAGGGGAUGAUUCAGGAAAAGUCACAAUUUGGAACAUGGCUCCUGUGAAAAAUGAGGAAGAUGAAAUGAAUGAAAAUAUACCCAAGUUAUUGUGCCAAAUGGACAAUCAUCUUGCAUGUGUGAACUGUGUUAGAUGGUCUUGUGGUGGAAAAUAUCUUGCAACUGGAGGAGAUGACAAACUCAUCAUGAUUUGGCAAAUGGCAAGGAUAAUGGGAGCAGCAGCAGUAUUUGGCGGUAACAACAGUAAAUUGAAUGUGGAGCAGUGGAGAUGUGUAAACACUCUAAGAGGUCAUAGUGGAGAUGUGUUGGAUCUGGCAUGGUCUCCAGAUGACAGCUUCCUUGCAUCAGGAAGUGUUGACAACACCAUCACUAUUUGGAAUGCUCAACGAUUUCCAGAUGUUGUUACUGUACUAAAGGGCCACAGUGGUAUGGUCAAAGGCAUCACUUGGGAUCCUGUUGGAAAAUAUCUUGCCUCUCAAUCCGAUGACAAGACUUUGAAGGUUUGGCGAACAUCUGAUUGGCAGCAAGAGAGUGAAGUAACUGAGCCAUUUGCUGAAUGCAGCGGCACCACCCAUGUUCUUCGUCUCAGUUGGUCACCUGACGGACAUUAUGUGGUAUCAGCACAUGCAAUGAAUAAUGCAGGCCCAGUGGCAAAGAUCCUUGAGCGGGAUGGCUGGAAGAUGAGAAUGGACUUUGUUGGACACAGGAAAGCUAUUACGUGUGUGAGAUUCAACCCAAAGCUAUUUGUAAAGAAAAUUGGUGAAGAAUCAUCCAGACCCAAGCAAUAUUCUUGUUGUGCAAUUGGAAGCAGGGAUAGGUCUCUUUCAGUGUGGCUAACAUCCCUCAAGAGGCCUCUUGUUGUUAUGCAUGACUUAUUCAAUCACUCAAUCAUGGAUGUAUCCUGGAGUGAUUCAGGUUUUCAGCUGCUGGUUUGUUCAUGGGAUGGAUCUGUGGCGUAUGCUGAUUUCACAGCCGAGGAACUGGGUAGGCCUAUGACUGAGGAGGAAAAGGAAAAGUUCCACAAACAGGUUUAUGGCAUUAGCAUCAACAGCAGCAAGACGAACUUAGCCAGUGCCAUUAUUGAGAAUCCCGAAAUGUUAAAGAUUCAACAACGACACGCAAUGAAACAACAGACACUGGCCAACACAAACAAACCUCCUGCUCCACCUCCCCCGUUGAUUCCGUCAGGAACACCAACCAAGCAAGAUUCGUCAGCUAUGAAUGGCAGCACUCCCAUGAAGAGUCCGUCAUAUUCAUUGACCAGUCCAGUUACAAGGAGCCCAAUUGAUCCUGUGAAUGUUUUAGAAAAGCAAGUGGAAACCAGAACCAAAGAUGGUCGUCGCCGCAUCACUCCACUCUUAGUUUCAACUAUGGAAGUGAGUGACUCGCCUGUUCCUUUUGGAGGAUCUUCAGCUGCUAUUUCACCCCCCGGAAAUUCAAACCCAAGUGGCGCAUCUCAGGUGUCGAACUCAAUUCCAGCCACAUCCCAGAAUUUAGUGGCACUGGACUCGAGAAUCGGCGAAAAUGCAACGACAGGAUUCACAAGCAAGUCAAAGGACAAGACACCCGAGAGAGCAGAGAUUCUUGCCGUAAAACCUGUGUCUGCCACUAUGAAGCCUAUCACAGCAACCAAACCUACCUCAACUCCCACAACAACGGUGUCUUCGACCUCUGCGUCAACUACUGCUACGACUAUUGCGGUGAAGAGGAAAUCAGAUACGCCCACAUCAUCACAGUCUAAACGAGCCAGGAAAGAUGGAAGCAGUUCAGGUUCAAAGAGUACAGGUGGCUCUAGCAAUUCUAAACAGCGUGAAGAUAGGACAGAUCAAGAGGAGAGUGUCGACGCCUCUUUACAUGUGAGGCAUUCUGUGGCUAUUCCUUACCCCACCCCACAGAAAAAUCUCACAGUCCAGAUUAAAGGAAAUGGUGGUGAGCCUGCCCUUACACUUGACCUAGAGAACAACUUGGCCAACCAAGGGCCCAGAGCGCAUAUCUUGAAGUGUUCUGCUGCUGGUAAACCUUUGUGGGAGACUGUGAUUAUAAGUCCCGGUAUAGCCUUGGCUGGCAAUCGACAAGUGGUCUCCGUGGCUUGUGAAAACCGAAGUAUCGACAUGUUUUCUUCCACUGGACGAAAAAUCCUACCUUCCAUGGUGUUAGACUCACCAGCCUCCAUUCUGCAGUGUAGCCGUCAUUAUGUCAUGCUUGUCACCUCCUCUGGGGGAGUGUUUGUUUGGGACACAAAGAGAGUCACCGCAGUGCUAAAAAAUGAAUCAGUGCUUCCACUGCUAUCAGGUCCAGAUGUGACGAUUACUCGAGCCUCGAUUUCAGAACGAGGAUUUCCAAUCAUCACCUUGUCCAAUCACGCAUCUUAUUCCUUGGACACAUCUGUAGGGGCGUGGGUGCAGCUUAUUUACGCUGAUGACCUCCUGGCUGUCAACUCUGACCAUCAGUCGGUGGCGCCAUCCCAAGAUCCCCUUCAGGCGAAGGGUCCUCUCGCUCAACUACAAGGGCAGAGUUCGAGAAUCGGGCGUCAGUCCUCAAGAAUCUUCCGGUCAAAUACAGGGAGACAACAGUCUGCUACAGCAGUUCAUCUGGAGAAUCAACUGUCGUCUUGCGUCGCCUUGGGAUCUGGUAAAGAGUACUAUUUUUGGUUGACAACGUACGUACGGUAUCUCUCUCAGGCAGGGUUUGAACCACGAUUAAGGGAAGUUUGCGAGGAGCUACUUGGACCUCCACACAGAACAAUAGGAGCACAAGACAAAAGUGUCAAUUGGAACCCUACCAUACUGGGACACCAGAAAAGAAAUCUUUUGCGUGAACUGUUGCCUCAUAUUGGAACAAACAUUCGUCUACAAAGGCUCUUUACAGAGUUCAGGGAGCAGCUAGACGCACUCAACGUGCGGUGACAUACGACGGGUUCUGUAAGAAUGAACUGCUUUAGAGGUGAACGUACUAGUGUUUGAACUGUGCAAAGGGGCGUGACGAGAUGAGUGUCACGCACGGGUUAGUUCAAGUCACGGAUGCUGUGACGUCCAGCGUCAAGUGUGGAGGAUCAACAAUGGGUAAUAUUCGAAAGACUUUCGCUUUAAAAUGGCGAAAAUAAAUAUCGCUUAGAUUUCUCAGCAAAUAACACAUUACUCACUGAGUAUUGGAUGUCAGUCAAGCGAGGGGGCAUUUGAGUGCACGGGACGUCUUGUUCCUUUAACAGAGUAGGAAUCAGGAAACACAGCUCUUAGGCGCUGAGAGAAACAUAUUAUAGCGACGAUAGUUUGAAUAUCUGCAUCAUGUCUCGGAAUAAUUAAAAAGUGGGUCUUAUUUUGGAAUUAUAACCGCAUAUCAUGUAAGUGCUGUUGCCGUCCGUUGCUGUAUUCAUACCUCCCGCUUAGCUUUAAGGCCUACUAGAAAAUUUCGUUGGAAUUACAUUAUGUUUUACAGUGUUCUGUUACAUUCUGGUUAUACCUCUAAUACUCUAUUCACACCAAAGCGUAGACAUGUUUAAAGCUGUUUUGCUAUAGACGGUUGAAAAUUGUUUUCUGCAUCAAAGCAAUGUUUGUCUACUUCAAAUUUAUCACUUUGAAGGUACAAGCUGGUGACUACUUGAAUCUUAUGGAAAAUUUGGGUUUUAAGUUUUCUGUUUCUGAUUUUCAUUCGGUUAAAUUCGGUUCAACUAAACAUGUUGUACUGGUGUAAAUGGGUAGAAGUCGAUACAGAAGUUCUUUUUCAUAAAAGUUUUCCACCUGAAAAGUUCUUUAUUCAGUAUUUUAGUGCACUCGAUGUGUUAGCUGUGCGCUUCGCUCUGCACACUUACAUGGUCGCCAUAAUUAUUUUGCCGAGCGCUGUAAGAUAUCGCUGUUGAGGAGCGCUACUUUUAAAGAAGUCACACAAUUAUUCCUAGACCGACGCUAUGAACUGAACUGUAGUAUACUGAUAUUAAGCGUCGCAUUCAAAUGCUGGUAAAUAAAUAUUUUGUUAGCAAAGG